AUGUCCUUCGAGACACUAGUCCAGUGCUGUCGGAGGAGAUUUUCGGAGUGGGUGAAGGUGACGAAGAACUGGAGCAAGAGUCCUCGGCGAGUUUAUUGCAAGCCCAAGAACGGUGGAGCAAAGCAGGUUGAUGCAGCGCUGAAGAUUCCAUCAGGGGAGCAUCAUUGCCUGUCGAGCUCCUUGCCGUCUUCCUCCACUUCAUCUUCGCGCUCUACACCUGUCGAUUUUGGGCGCCAGUCGGAAGAAGAGAAUAUUGCAGUAUCAUUGGUCGCCGGGCACAAGGGAAUAGAGGAGCAGGAUUUCGCAUCGGCUUCCCAAGGGAUGGCAGAGGAUUUCCUGCUAGAGGAAUUUCUUGGGGACUCGAAGGGGCUGGAUUUAUUUUUCGACGAUGUCCUUCCACAUGUAGGCUGGGAUGUACCUAAACCUGCCAAGAAACCUUCUCAGAAACAACCGGCUGGCCCGAAACGUCCACAGCCGGCUUUCUUCCACUACUGCAACGCAGUGCGAGAUCAAGUCAAGCUCGAAAACCCUUCGUGCUCGUUUGGCGAGCUGUCGAAGCUGAUCGGAAAGAAGUGGUCGGAGCUUCCUGCAGCAGACAAGGUCAAGUACGUCGACAUGGAGGAGAAGGACAGAGAGAGGUACAGCGCAGAGAUGAAG